AUGAAUUGCAUAAGACUACUAGGGAUAUGCAGAAAUCAAACAAAUCUCAAAAUCUCUUAUGCUUGCUACAGUGCACAGCAUCCCCUGAGGUUUUUAGAGACACAAGAUCGCUGGAGAGAUAAGGAUGGAUUGUCACGUAAUUGGAAUCUUAUUUACAAGGCUCCUUUGGACAAAUCAAUAAACUGGGCAUCAACCUUUCUAACAUUUUCUUCAAGCUCAAUAGCAGCAGCAACCAUCUAUUAUUCAGCAUUUUUGUUUGAUAUAAAUACAAUAAAUGACCCAGUAGUUGUGGGCGAUGAUGUAGUGCUUGCAAAUAAUGCUACUGAAUGCCUUGUUUAUCUUGUCUCAUUCUUUGUAUUUCAUAUAGCAGUCAAAGUAUUAAUAUCCAAAUAUGUUUUGCGCAUGUAUCAAGAUGGGGACAAUUAUUUGGCUGUAUUUAGAGGGCAUUGGUAUAAUUCUAUUUAUAAACACCAGUUUAAUUUAAAUGAAUUUAAGAAGUUAAAACCUACUUUAGUUGUAUCUUGGGGAGAUGCUAGAUAUAGUCUUGGUAAAAAGCAUGGGAUCAUUUUGGAUAAUUAUUUCAAAACACCUGAACACUACAAUAGCUUAGUAGAUAAAAAAAAAUAUGAAAAUAGUGAAUAG